AUGGCCCCAAUAUCAAUGGUUCUCACCAAGAGGGCGCCUGACACCACCACGAAAUCUUUCUACAUUGCCGUCAUAGCGCUUUGCAUGGGAACCUUUAUGUCGUUUCUCCACCUGGUGUUCUCGUACAUAACUUCGUCUCCUGUUCGAAUGAAGACGGAGGCUGCCGUUCUCGGCGAAUGGGCAAGACAUAGGAAAUGGGGGCUUCAUUUUUGGAAAUUUAAGCUCAUUGUGUACUAUCCUGUUAUGGAGCUCAAAAUUGACAACCUUUGGGAGCAUCGGCAACAGCAAGAGAAAGAACACCUCCAGACACUUCAGAAAUACAUUGUGAAUAGACGAAAUCAAACAUCUGCAAAUAGGGACGGCGUAGUCUGUACCACGACUACAAUAGAUCUGCACUAUAGGGACAAGGAUGGUUCUCCGCAGAUGAGAGAACUCACUCGUCAAGAGAAAAGGGCUGUUAAAGCCCUAGAGGGGGUUGGCAGACGCUUGAGUGGGCCGAGAGCACUUGUCCUAUCCUCGGCAUCCAUGCUUGCUGCAGAUCUUGGGUUUGAUCUUACAAAAAUGGUACCCAAUAGGUGGGAACUGGCUAGCAAAAUUCCAUCCGCCUGCAGUAGCCCACUAUUUCCCAUCCGUGCAAGCGACCUUAUUAAAUUUGGUCUGCUCUGUGGGCUCAGAUGCGAGGAAUUCGAUAUUCCGCGGCGUAAACUGUCGAUGAACGGACACCAAAGUUAUAUCGUCACCGAAAAUAUACCUAGCGUCGGCCCUGUUUGUCGCUAUGUUGAGGUCUCCGGUAACAAUGUCACACCUGCCGCAAUGAUGCCAAUUGCCUCAAGUCAUACAAUGGUGAACCUGGCUAGUGGCAAUAUUUGCCUCGCGCAAUUCACGCUUUCCUAUCGAGUCGUCGGCUUCAACUUUAUCUACCUUUGCUGCAAGUUUGUCCUCGGCGAGACCGAUGAAAAGAUUGGGCACCUUCCAGUCGGACACAUUCCUGCGAGGACUGACGAUAGCCCCAUGGUUAUUGACGAUGGGAUUGUUCGGGAUGAUUUGGACAAUAUUCUAUAUAAACCCAUGCUACGCGGUCACGCCCCGCAUGCACCCCACAGGAGUGUAUCACUAGGUGAUGGAUAUGUCGAACAAGUCCCCACUGGACCGUGGAGGGAGUUUAACGUAGAGCCGCUCAAGAAGUUUGAGCAAGGUGAUGAUGAAAUUUUGUGGGAUGGAAGAUGGGCAGAUCCUGCAACCCCACCAAUGGCCCUCGUCUUGGCUACUAUCUCGAACCCUGCAUCUGCAAAUGGAUUUCCGCACAACGUUCUCAAGGAUUGGGACAUAUACAAUCGCAAUUCUGCUCAGGAAGCGAUGAAAGUACUCGCGCCCAACUUGACGAAUUCUCCUCCGAAAUUCCUACUGGACCUUGCGAGUAGGCGUAUCAUCCAUUCAGAAGAAUACAAUUUGGUCAACAAUUUCGGAUGCGAGCACGGUGGACUUCGCAGUUGGCUCGGGACCAACCUAGCAAAGUUUGUACAACUUGUCACGCCGUAUUGGGCUCUCCCAUCGGGCGGGGAACGACAUACUUCACCUAGUAUCCCGAUCCUCAACGAGCUUCGGUCCGUCCUCGUAUCACCCGAUCGAAUGAACUCCUGGAUUCAAUCCUAUAACCGCAAGCCGAUCUACGGAUCCAAUGCAACAAUCCGUGCACGGGGUGUUCUAUGGGUGCAGAUCACUCUUCUCGACACCUGGAUUGGGCCGGCAAUCGACCACAUGAUGGGUGGCACCGACAUGCGGGAGGUGCCUGUCCCUGCGACGAGGGAAGAUGCCGAGGAGUGCUACAGAUUCUCGACCGAGCUCUACCAGAGUACCGCAUGGAAUCUCGUCCGUGCUAAGUGGCUGACCUACUAUACGCGUCGACUUGCCGAAGGAAGAGACAGGUACGGAGAUAGCUUCCUCUCAAAGAAGCCACAACCCGACUUGGAGAAACGGUGGAUAGGUAUGGAAGUCGGCGACCCACACGAAUGGCUUAAAAUUGAUGCUGCGCUCACGAUUCGCGCUCAUUUGCUAUAUUCAAUGCUAAUUAGCAUGACUGAUACGUCUGUACUUCAAGAUCUCGCACAAAACGACCCUUUACUCUUCAUCUCAUAA